CGCUGUUUGAACAAAUGUUACCACGAUCCUGUCCAUAACACAGAGGAGGUAACCUAUCUAGUUGGCAAUUUUAUUUUAUUAUUUCUCGCAGUAUUUGGCGACACAGUUUUUUCGGUUGAAGCCCACAUACAAUGACUGAACAAUCAGCAUUACUUCUUCGAAAGCAAUUGGCAGAGCUCAACAAGAACCCAGUGGAGGGCUUUUCAGCUGGCCUAAUAGAUGAUGAGGAUAUAUACAAAUGGGAGGUUGUCAUCAUAGGGCCACAAGACACCCUCUUUGAAGGAGGGUUUUUUAAAGCAUACCUGACCUUUCCCUAUGAUUAUCCACUACGGCCUCCCAAGAUGAAGUUGAUCACUGAAAUCUGGCAUCCUAAUGUGGCAAAGAAUGGCGAUGUAUGUAUCUCAAUACUGCAUGAGCCAGGAGAGGACAGGUUUGGCUAUGAGAAGCCAGAGGAACGUUGGCUUCCAAUCCACACUGUAGAGACUAUUAUGAUUAGUGUUAUCUCCAUGCUGGCCGACCCAAACAGUGAUUCGCCUGCUAAUGUGGAUGCUGCGAAAGAGUGGAGGGAGGAUCCUAAUGGUGAAUUCAAGAGGAAGGUGGCUCGCUGUGUACGGAAAAGCCAGGAGAUGGCAUUUGACUAGAACCCAGACUCAAUGGCAAAGUUCCAGGCUAAAGGAAAUGGCUUCAGAAGGAAAAUAGUCAGUUCAGACUAGGCUUUUGCACCCCUUCUUUUGCCAAUCAUGGGAUUUGGUCGGCCAGACACUUUUUUUUUUUUUUCCUGAAAGGUCGUUGUUUUUCGUAAGAGGAAUGAAUGUGAGAAACCUACCAGCAAAUAUUUCCCUCCAUUUCCUACCUGGAAUUGUAUAUUUAAUUUAAUUUAUUUUGAAAAAUAUUAUGUAAGAUAUGUCACUACUGUAAAUUAUCUUGCUUUUUUUUAAAUCUGCUGCUGAACAGUUUCUACUUUAUACCAGGUUUCUUAUGCAAUUUGUUUGUUGUGCUUGAAAAUUUUAAAACACAUGAAAGCCAGUUCUUCUCAUUAUUAGGUUCUCACCAAGUGUCCCAUCCUCGCAGUCACCUCUACAGAAUGCCGGCCUGCCUGCAAAACCUUGUCAAACAUGUUUUUGUCUUUCAACACUGUCAUUUGAUCACUGCUGCCUUAUGUUAGUUAUACUCCCUCUUGGCAGUUGUUCUCUCCCUGGAGGGUUUUAUGAGUGUGCUUGUUGACUUGGUCCUCUACCCAGAUAAUCACAAUGUCUGUUACCAAUCAUGUCACAGUCAAGUCUGAGGUCCUACUCACUCUGUUUUAAUUAAACUUUUUCCAAAACAACCAAAAAGUUCUAAAUUGUUAAGAAUUAAGCUGUGAUUAUUCAGUGGAUAUACCGGUUUGCUGGCAUCUGAAUUUACCUCAACUUAAAAGGAUUACACAUUUGUUUUUAGGUUUUAUGGUUGUUUGAUUUGUUCUUAGUCUAGUGUUACAUGGGAGCUGUAAAUGGGAUUGACAUAAAACGUGUCCCUCUGAGGUUGUUUCUGGGUGAUGGGUGGCACUUUUGGCUUCUUGGUGCAUGUGUACAAUUAUUAUUUGAUCAGAUCAUGUAGAAUUUGCAUCUACCCCUAGAUUUAUAUUCUGAUUUGUGUAUUCAGAUUAUGAGUACAAAAGCCUCAAACUAAGGCCAUGUCAUUUUCUGUUAUUGUGCAGCCUCUUGUGGACAACAUGUUUAUCUUUCUUUAAGGAAUGACAGAAGUCUCAUGAUAUUAACUACCAUCUAUUUACUCUGGGUGAAACCAGGUGGUAAAUUACUGGGAGGCAUGCGGUUACACCAUUAGUUAGGAAGGUGUACAAUAUGCAUAAGGUAUAGGUUUGUUUUGUCUGUUAAAUGGGAUUGUUGAUAUGUGAAAAUGAAUGAAAAUUCAAAGUAAUCUGGUAUCAAGUGUUAUUCUGAAAUAAUAAAAAUGGACCGCAUUCGGAUGCAUGUUGAUUUAACAUUAUGCAUAACAAUCAGUGUUUGAAUUGUGGUGGGGUGCUUUGCCACAGGCUUAAUAAUCCAACUUUGCUUUGAUGGUGUUCAUUAGAGCCACCCUAAAGCCUACACCCUAAAGCCUACACCCUAAAGCCUACACCAAAUCAUCCUCAACAAUGUCAUAGCCAUGACCCAUACUUUAAUACUAUCAAAUGACUAACCACUAAUGACAGUCAUGUUUGCUGGUUAAUUUGCCAACAAAUUAGCUAUGCUGGGAUUGCAUACAAAUGCAGGUAUUAUUCAUAUAUUUGGAUGUGAUAUAUGGUUUACAAUUGAUGGUAUUGUGUAGGCUUUAUGACACAUAAAUUGUUACCUUUUACUCUUUAGAUUACACCUCAGACCGGUGUUCACUGUAUUUGCACAAGAGACUUCGUGCAUUUAAAACAUCAUGAAGCAAUACACUCAUAAUUUCAAUCGUGUUUUUCCCAGGUACUCCUGUUAUCUCACCCUAUCCCCCAUGUUUGUUGUGUUAAACAUAAAGUGGUAAUGCCAUGUGUAUUUGACAUGAGCUCAAUAAAAUGUGUUAACUGUCA